AUGCAUUAUCAAGAACAGAUGGAGUCUCUUAUGUUGGGUGAAGAACCCAGACACGGAAACUCCGUCAGAGACGCAGACGCGGAGGCAGAUGAAGGUUUUCACUCUCCGUCUUCUUUUCCAAAUUCUCCUGACGAUUCAGACCGUCGCAGUUCUUCUUCUUCAAGGAGGGGAUUGUCAAAGCAUUACAAAGGUAAAUCACAGUCAUUCACAUCGUUGUCUGAAGCGCUAAGUGUAGAGGAUCUCGCAAAACCAGAGAAUCCUUUCAACGCAAAACUGAAGCAGCGACGGGAGAGCCUUCACUGUCGACGAUCCUCCGGAUGUGGUGGUGCAUCGGAAAGAAAUUUAGGUGGUCACGACGUAUUCCACGCCGGAAACGAUAGACCUUUGCGACUUUCCGGCAACAGACCGCCUCUGAGAGCCCAAACGCUUUCGGCGGCUCAUAUGUCGACUUUGCUUGGUCGAACCUAA